AUGGCGGCUGACGGGCGCUCCAAGCGGCGCUGCGUGCUGCGCAAGGCCGCACUGCCCAGUGCAUCGCACUACGUUGGGUACGUGGAAGAUGAAGAGACGCCUGAAAUGAUCAUGCGGAAAUUUGAGGAGAUGGAGCGGAUCCUAGCGGGACCCGCGCGGCCACCAGGGGCGGGGCAGCAGCGCCGCUCUCCCAGCGGCACGGACAGCGGCAGCGGCGGCGGCAGCGGCCGCAGCAGCGGCAGCGGCAGCCAGGGCGCCGGUGCCUUGGAGGAGGGGGGACGGCGGGACACCUGGGAGCCAGAGACAGGGCGCCAUCGUGCAGAGGAGAAGCAGUGGGCGCAUCACAAGCAGCAGCAGCAGCAGCAGCAGCAGCCUCAGCAGCAGCAGCAGCAGCAGCAGCAGCCUCACACAAAAUUGGACCGAUCCAUGCAAGACACGGAGCAAGUCCCGUCUGAAGAGGGCGGCAGCGGUUGCGGCGGGGGCGGCGGCAGUGGCGGCGCGACUGAGCGGCAGCUGCGGGCGAUUUUCCGGGCCACGAGUGCCUUCAACGUGAGGACGGUGCUGAAGGGAAACAUGGCGCUGCUGGGACGAGGGGGACAGCACGGCGGCAGCUGGGGCGGCGUUGCUGUCGGUGUCAAUGGCAGCAGCGGCGGCGGCGGCGCCGCCAAUGCCGGCAGCGGCGCGGGCGUCGGCGGUGCGGAUGCGGACGGCGCCGGCUGGGGAGGGUGGGGCGACGGCGGGCGGCAGGCCUGGUCGGAUGGAGAGCUGUGCUCAGAUGAGGAAGAGGAGCUGCUUCGGGAGUUGAGGGGCUUCUGGAGCGACGACGACGCCUGGGGGCCUGCCGGCGACGGAAAGCAGCAGCGGCCGAAGCGCAAGCGAGCCGUCAAGGCCCCUCAGCCUCGCGGCCCCACUCCUGAGGCGGCGCCUGCCGCUGGCGGCGCAGCCGCAGCCGCGGCGGAGCCCGACGCGAUGCUAUUCGUGUCGCGCCCCGCCACAGCCUGCCAGUACAGCAGACAGGGCGCCGGCCUGGUGAAGCGCCGCGUGCGCGUCGCGGACCCAGCGGCGGUGUUGCAGAUCCGGGUGCCGCCGCCGCCGCUGCCUGCGUCCUGGGGGCGCGCAGUGCGGCCGUACGGGGCGCCGCUGCAUUACUUCCAGCAGCAGCAGCAGCAGCAGCAGCAGCAGCAGCAGCAGCAGCAGCAGCAGCAGCAGCAGCAGCAAGGGGCACCCGUCGCUGGCGACGUCGCUGCUGCCGCUGUCGGCCCCGGGUCGUACCACGAGGCAGCGGAUCUGCGCGGCUUUGACUUCGCUCUGCUGGGGCGGCGCGAUUUUCUGGGGGUGCUCAUAAACACCGGCUGGGAAGCUUCCCCAGCGCCAGCGCCGCACAACCUGGCGCCGACAGCAGUGCCGACAGCAGUGCCGACAGCAGCGGCAGCAGCGCCGCUGGCCGCGGGAGGGGGUUCGACGGAGCUCUCAGGGGGGGACGCGGGCGCAGGCGCAGGCGCGGGGCUGACCGCAGCGGCCAGGCGCGGCGCGCUCACGCGGCGGCUGGCGGCGCUGCCAGUGGCGCAGCUGUGCCUUCAGGGCUUCGUAUUUGUGUGGGCGCGCAAGCAGCUCCUGGCAGCCGUCGUGUCGCAGCUGGGCGCCUGGGGUUUCGCCUACGUCGAGAACCUCACCUGGGUGUGGCGCGCCCCCAACAACGGCGUGCUGGCGCUGCCGGGCCUUGCGCCGACCGCGGCCGGCCACCUCACGCUGCUGAUAUUCCGGAGGGAGGGCGUCGGCCGCGACAUCGAGCUGCGCCACCAACGCAGCCCCGACGUCGUGUUCGACUGCAUAGUGCCCGCCCCCGGCCGCGAGUGGCGCGUCCCGCAGGAGGUUUACUCAACAAUCGAGACGCUGCUGCCCACGGGCCGCGGCCGCCUGCUGGAGCUCUGGGCGGCGGCCUGCCCCGGCCACGCGCGGCCGGGGUGGGUGCACGUCGCAGAGGCGCCGGGGGCCGCGGGCGGCGCGGCGCGGGCCGGAGGCUGA